CAAUAAUAAAAGACUUGGACUAUGACACGUGUGGCCUUGGGCGCGAAUGAUAACAGCAAGCAACAGGAGGUUGUUUCCAUUUGCGUAAAACGCCUGCCUUCGUGCGUUCACACGUGUGCAGUAAAGAAGGAAGAAUGAGUGCCGCAAAACAUCUUAGUAAAUGUGUGUUGUUUGCUAGAAAUGGGUUGAGGCUGUCUCCACAGAUUCGUCAGUGCCAGAGGUCUCUAUCAGAUGGUGUGGAGGCAGUCUCAAAACCAACCUCUCUUUAUGAUUUCACAGAUGAGGAACAAAUGAUGAAGGAAACAGUGGCACGGCUUGCAGCUGAAAAGAUAGCACCUCUUGUCAAGAAGAUGGAUGAAGAACAUAAAAUAGACCAAAGUGUGCUGGAUGCUCUCUUCGAAAAUGGGCUAAUGGGAAUGGAAAUAGAAAGCGAAUAUGGUGGAUCAGGACUGUCCUUCUUUGCAACUAUGCUGGCAGUGGAAGAAUUGGCAAAAGUUGACCCUUCUGUGUCUGCCUUGGUUGACAUACAUAACACAUUGGUUAAUUCACUUAUAAAGAAAAUUGGCACAAAGGAGCAGAAGGAGAAGUACUUACCACGGCUGGCACAAAACACGGUUGGUAGUUUUUGUUUAUCAGAGCCACAGUCAGGUUCAGAUGCCUUCUCCCUGAAAACAGUAGCCAAGAAAGAUGGGUCAGAUUAUGUAAUAAAUGGCACAAAAAUGUGGAUAUCUAAUUCUGAUGUUGCAAAAUUCUUCAUCUUGAUGGCAAACGCGAAACCUGAAGCUGGAUACAAGGGAAUAACUUGUUUUGCUGUUGAUGGAGAUACACCUGGCUUAACAGUUGGGAAGAAAGAGAGUAAACUUGGAAUCAGAGCAUCUGGAACUUGUAUGGUACAUUUUGACAAUGUUAGAGUGCCAGAGAGCAAUAUCUUAGGAGAAUUUGGUCAUGGGUACAAAUAUGCUGCUGGUUUCUUGAAUGAGGGGCGAAUUGGUAUAGGUGCUCAAAUGGUUGGCUUAGCUCAAGGUUGCUUUGAUGCCACCCUUCCAUAUACAUUGGAAAGGAAACAAUUUGGCCAGAAAAUAUACUCUUUCCAGGGCAUGCAACAUCAGAUUGCCCAAGUUGCUACUCAGAUUGAAUGUGCACGAUUGUUAGUAUACAAUGCUGCAAGGCUACAAGAAGCAGGAAAGCCUUUCAUCAAGCAAGCAUCAAUGGCUAAACUGUUUGCAUCUGAAGUAGCAACAUACACUGCAGUGAAAUGCAUCGACUGGAUGGGUGGUGUAGGUUUCACCACAGACUUUCCCCAGGAAAAGUACUUUAGAGACAGCAAAAUUGGCAGUAUUUAUGAAGGCACAAGCAAUAUGCAGUUAAAUACAAUUGCUAAAUUAAUUGAGAAAGAGUAUUCAUAAAUUUCUGAACUGUAUCAAUUAAUCUUGUACAAAUAUUUUGUAUAUUUUUUAUACUGCUGAAUGAAUGAAGGGUGCCAGAAUUAUUAAGACUGAAAGAUGAUUUAUAUUUUUGUACAACUGCUUUAUUACUAAAGUAAUAAAUUUACAAUUCUUGGUUUAACUCA